UCCAAAAACGGCCUUUCAAUGUGAGAACUUGGGGAGCCGAAAGAAGAAAAUGUCGGUGGCAUCGCAGUAAAUUACUAAAGCAGCGAAGCUUUAGAAAGGAAGAAAAAGAAAAGCGAAAAGUGUCUAUAUAUAUAUAUAUAUAUUUUUUUUUUUUUGAGGGAGAGCUACAACUCAGAGAAGCCAGAAGAAGCAUCGUGAGAACCGCAAAGUUACAACCAGAUCUGGGCAUAGCGCAUGGAAGAUGUCUGGAAAGCAAGACUGGACUCCUUGGAUGAAAAAGAGAAAAGCUCCAGUGUUUUGUGCGCUGGGUGCAGUACUGCUGUGCUGCCUGCAGAGCAGCGCUUCAACCAUUUAUGAGGUGCCGGUGUUCACAGAGGAGCCUGUGUCCAUGGUGCAGAAGCUGGGAGGCAGCGUCAUGUUGCGUUGCAGCGCCCAACCCGCUUCGGCCAAGCUCAGCUGGCGUCUUAACGGCGAGCAGCUGUCGAAUGGUGAUCUGGGCGUGGUGCUGGGGCCAGGCAGCCUGCUCAUCCCUGCUUUGACCAACCUAACUCUGGGCAGAUACCAGUGUGUGGCCAGCACCGGCGCUGGAGCUCUGGCGAGCGUGCCUGCUAACAUCACCGCUGCCAAGCUGCGGGACUUCGAGCCUGACAUCCAACAGGAGAUCGAAGUCGAUGAAGGCAACACUGCCGUCAUCGAGUGUCACCUCCCUGAGAGUCAGCCUAAAGCUCAGGUUCGCUACAGUGUCAAACAGGAAUGGCUGGAAACAUCCAAAGGGAACUACCUCAUCAUGCCAUCAGGGAACCUGCAGAUAGCCAAUGCUACCCAGGACGACGAAGGGUCGUACAAGUGUGCCGCUUACAAUCCCGUCACUCAGGAGGUCAAAACGUCCAGAUCCACUGAUCGUCUGCGCAUUCGCCGUUCCACGUCCGAAGCGGCUCGCAUCAUCUACCCGCCGGCGCCCCGAUCCAUCAUGGUGACCAAAGGCCAGCGACUGGUCCUGGAGUGCGUGGCCAGUGGAAUCCCCACUCCGCAUGUCACAUGGGCAAAAGAUGGCCUGGAGCUGCGCUCUCACAACAACACGCGCUUUCUGCUGAGCAACCUGCUGAUCGACGCUGUGAGCGAGGGUGACUCGGGCACGUACGUCUGCCGAGCGGACAACGGCAGGGGCUCAGACAGAGCUGCCACCGUGCUCUACGAUGUUCAAGUGUUUGAGCCUCCUCUGGUGACUGUAGAGCUGCAGCAGCUGGAGGUCGCAUACGGGGAAACUGUGCGCAUCAUCUGCCAAGCCCGAGGUAAGCCCACACCCUCUGUGAUGUGGCUCCACAAUGCCCGACCCCUCGCUCCGUCGUCCCGCCACCGUCUCACUUCACGGGCACUGCGCAUCUCCAACGUGAGCACUCAGGAUGAUGGCCUGUACCAGUGCAUGGCAGAGAAUGGGCUGGGCAGCUCGCAGGCCUCAGCUCGCCUCAUCACUCUAUCAACUGGGAUUUCAUCUAGAGGAAGGCUGCCCCCCAAUUUUCGCCCACUCAGCCCUGAUAAAGUGCUGAAGGAGCAGCCUCCUGUAAGGUCUGGGGCUGCUGGUGCCAUGCUGCCUCUGGACUGCUCCGCAUUACCAGGGCAAAUAUUACUACUUGCAGACGCCCCUAUUAUUCUCAGUCAGCCUCGAACAGGCAAAGCCGACUAUUAUGAGCUCACCUGGCGACCUCGGCAUGAACGAGGGACCCCUGUACUGGAGUAUGUGAUAAAAUACAGAAAGGAGGGAGACCCUCUUGCAGAGUGGACCACUCGAAGUAUUUCAGGCUCCCUUCAUAAGCUGAUUCUAACCAAACUGCAGCCGGACAGCCUCUAUGAAGUAGAGAUGGCUGCUAAGAACUGUGCAGGUUUGGGACAGCCAGCCAUGAUGACCUUCAGAACUGGCAGAGGGCGUAAAGGUCUAGGAGCUCCCAAUGAUCCACCAAAAACUCCAGCCGUCCCUUCGCCAAGCCUCUCUCCCCCCGAAGCUCCCGAUAAGCCCACCGUCUCCACGGCUACAGAGACAUCGGCGUACGUGACUUGGAUUCCUCGCGGUAACCGCGGCUUCCCCAUCCAGUCGUUCAGGGUGGAGUACAAGAAGGUGAAGAGGCCCGGGGAGGAAUGGGUGAUGGCGGUGGAGAACAUUCCCCCUUCCAGGCUGUCUGUGGAAAUCACGGGCCUGGAGAAAGGAACAUCUUAUAAGUUUCGUGUGGUGGCUGUGAAUGUUAUCGGUUCCAGUCCCCCCAGUGCCCCCUCGAAGGCCUACACGGUGGUGGGAGGGAAAACCCACGAGCGUCCCGUUGAUGGACCAUACAUCACCUACAAUGAGGCCAUCAAUGAGACCACCAUCAUCCUGAAGUGGACGUACACUCCCGUGAACAACACGCCAAUUUAUGGUUUCUACAUCUACUAUCGGCCGACGGACAGCGAUAAUGACAGCGACUACAAGAAAGAUGUGGUGGAGGGUGACCGGUACUGGCAUUCGAUCACUGACCUGCAGCCAGAAACGGCCUAUGACAUCAAGAUGCAGAGCUUCAACGAGAAGGGCGAGAGCGAAUUUGGCAAUGUAGUGAUCCUUGAAACUAAAGCUCGUCCUAAUAACCCGCGACCUGUGGAUCCUGAGCCCCCAGACUCAGGUACUGGAACCCCUGGCGUAUUGGUGCCACGGCCUGGCGACCUCCCCUACCUGAUUGUUGGUAUUGUCCUUGGAGCCUUUGUUUUCAUCAUUGUCGCCUUCAUCCCCUUCUGUCUCUGGAGAGCUUGGGCCAAGCAGAAGCAAGCAUCAGACUUAUGCUUCCCCACUGUGGCUGCUCCAGUGUCAACGUGUCAGUACACCAUGGUUCCUCUGCAGGGACUCGCCCUGGUUGGACACUGCCCCCUGGAUUCACACAUGAUGCCUCCACGCAGCGUCUAUCCAGCCAACGGAGAGUACAACGGAAAAGCUCAGCAGUGCCUUGCAGGACUGCAGCAGGAUGAAGUGGAUUGUGACUUGGAGUGCGACACCCUUCUGCCACAGACAAAUGGACAUCUGCCUCUAUACCAAUACUCCAGCAGGGAGACUGAUCAUCAAGAACAGAACCACUGUUCUCCUGACCACUACACUCAUCAGCUCCUGCCGUCUUCCCUUCAAUUUGUCAGCUCACAGGAAGUGGGAGGCAAAGUUGGGUUCGAUGAUGUAGCGCCGGAAAUCAGUCAAAAACGAGAACCUCUCCAUCUGUCGUCACUUGAGGAUGAGGGAGUUUUUAACUCCCCGUAUUCCACAGCCACAAUGCAACAAUCCCAAGAUACGAUACAGGAAGUAAACAUCCUCCCGAAAGUGUCCACUGAGAACGCAGGGACGACAGGCACCACAGAUGCAGACUCUUAGUGAACAGAGGAAAUCAAGAGAAUAUAUUUAUUUUUGUAUUAGAGAUAUUUAUAUAUUUAUGCUUUUGUACAUAUAAUUGUUAUUACACUGUAUAUAUGGGUAUUUUCUUAUAAAACCCCCCCGAUUUAUUCAUAUAUCAGACACUAUGUCCUUAACAAAGGGAGUCUGCAUUUCUAGAGGAGUGACUUCCCUUUUAUUCAGCACUUCCAUAUCCAGACCUCAACCCUCCAGUCCUCACUUCAUAGCCAUCUUAUCCAUCCAUCUGUACCUGCUUAUCCUUGCAGGGCCACUGGUGGGCUGAUGCCUAUUGCCAGUGGUCAUUGGGCCACAGGCAGGGUACACCGUGGACAGUUCAGUCUAUCACAGGACAACAUAGAGACAGAUCAAACAGCCAUGCACACACAUACACACACACACACACAAACCUAGGGACAAUUUAGAGAGACCAAUUAAACUAACAGUCAUGUUUUAGACUGUAGGAGGAAGCCGGAGUACUCAGAAAGACCCCAAAAACACACACAGGGAGAACUUGCACUCCAUACAGAAAGACCACAGGCCAGGAUUUGAACCCAGGACCUUCUUGCUGCAAGGCAACAGUUCUAACUGUGCCACUGUGCAGCUGUCGUAGACAUCUGCCCUCUCCCAAAUGUUCAGACCUUAUGAACUUAGCUUUUUGCAGAACAGAAACAAAGGGACCAUUUUUCCAAUCUAAUGCUGUUAUAAGGUGCUGCCGACAGUUUCAAGAACUGAAAACUGCCAUUGUGUAUAGCUGUAAGGUAAUAUACUUUGCUCUUCAUUAACAAACUAUUAACUAUGUACAUGAGAUUAUAUAUUGUGUAAAGGUAUUUAUGUUGGAGUUUUUUUUUUUUUUUUUUUUUUUUUCAAUCACUGAAUGGGAGAGAUUCUGGAAAAUAACUCAGUCAUCGAUAAGCUGAACUUCACUCUGCAGCCACUUCUGUUUACUUGUUCGCUGGUUACCAAAUGACUGCCAGGUGAGAAAGUUGUGACAGGUGCGUUAGUAUUAUUCUUUCCACAUAGGUAAGUGGAAAAAAGUGUUAGGUAAAAUUAAUCAAAAUGAAGGAGAUCCUGAAUCUACAAUCCCUAAAGAAUGCAGGCUGUUUUCUGCACAUGCUGGAGCACUAUUGCAUGUAAAUAAAAAGCUUAUGAAAUUA